AUCGCUACAUCAUCUGCACACCGGGAACACGCAGUAUGUUGGCUGCAGAGGUGGUCAUAUAUGUUUGGUUGAUUAGUGAAUACCCGCAGAUGGAGCGUAUCCGCGAUUACAGCACGCUGCCCCGACUGACAGUAAACGGCAUGAGCGACAGGAGUAGUUUACAAUGAGUGCCUAAAUGAGUUUGCUAUAGACGCCGUUUAUGGUGUAGUACUUUAAUGACCAUUACAUGACCUUCGCUACGGUUACUCGGUUCAUUCAAAGAAUCGGUCGCCGCACUCAUAACUGUUAAUAUGUUACGGCGAGCCACAACAAUUUACAGGAGACUCAGGACUCUCAGUGUCCUGGGUCGCUGUCCCAGGCGCCAUCAGAGCAUCUCCGCUCCUGAGAGAGCGCUUCAGUAUGCGGUGGGCCAGAGGAUUCACGGCUUCACCAUCACUGAGGUGACUGCCGUUCCAGAUCUGUUCCUAACUGCAGUGAAACUCACCCAUGAUUCCACUGGAGCCCAGUAUCUUCAUGCGGCCCGCGACGACAAGAACAACCUCUUCAGUGUCCAGUUCCGGACGACGCCCAUGGACAGCACGGGGGUUCCGCACAUUCUGGAGCACACGGUUCUCUGCGGCUCAGAGCGGUUCCCCUGUCGAGAUCCGUUCUUCAAGAUGCUCAACAGAUCACUCUCCACAUUCAUGAACGCCUUUACAGCCAGUGACUACACCAUGUACCCCUUCUCGACUCAGAAUGCAAAGGACUUCCAGAACCUUCUGUCUGUUUACCUGGACGCGGUCUUCUUUCCCUGCUUAAGGGAGCUGGACUUCUGGCAGGAGGGUUGGCGUCUGGAGAACGAGGAUCCACAGGACCCCUCAUCCCCUCUGGUGUUUAAGGGUGUAGUCUUCAACGAGAUGAAGGGGGCCUUCUCGGAUAACGAGCGGCUGUAUGCGCAGCACCUGCAGAACAAGUUGCUCCCUGACCACACGUACGCUGUCGUCUCUGGCGGAGAACCACUGGCCAUCCCCGACCUCACCUGGACACAGCUACGAGAGUUCCACCGCACACACUACCACCCUAGCAACGCCAGGUUCUUCACGUAUGGAGACUUGCCGCUAGAGCAGCACUUAAAGCAGAUUCACCAGGAGGCUCUGGUCCGCUUCCAGCGUACUCAACCGGACACUGCUGUCCCCACACAACAGCUCUGGACCAGUCCUAGAGAAGAUCAUGUGACCUGCAAGCCUGAUGCAAUGGCUCCAGAUCCCACCAAACAAAACACACUGUGUGUGAGCUACCUACUGGGAGACAUCACUGAGGUGUUUGAAGGCUUCGUGUUGAGUCUGCUCUCCUCUCUGAUGAUCUCGGGGCCAAACUCUCCAUUCUAUCGGGCCCUCAUAGAGCCCAAGAUUGGAUCUGACUUCUCCUCUGUGGUGGGGUAUGAUGGGAGCACCAGACAGGCCUCCUUCAGUAUCGGGCUGCAGGGGAUGUCUGAAGCCGACAACGAACGCGUCAAACGCAUCAUCAAUGACACCAUCGAUGACAUCAUUGUAAAGGGCUUUGAGGAGGAGAGGAUUGAAGCUCUGCUCCAUAAGAUUGAGAUCCAGAUGAAACAUCAGUCUUCCAGUUUCGGCCUCUCCCUCGCUUCUUACGUUGCGUCGUGCUGGAACCAUGACGGGGACCCGGUGCAGCUGCUGAAGAUCAGUGAGUGUGUGUCGCUCUUCCGUCAGAAGCUUCUGGAAAACCCACGCUACCUACAGGACAUGGUCCAGCACUACUUCAAGGAUAACCCCCACAGGCUGACCCUGUCCAUGGCCCCUGAGGAGUGCUACCAGCAGCAGCAGGUGCAGCAGGAGGAGGCUAAACUACAGGCCAAGAUCCAGCAGCUCUCCCAGAGUGACCGCCAGCACAUCUACCAGAAGGGUUUAGAGCUGCUGUCGGCGCAGAAUGCUGAGCAGGAUGCUUCAUGUUUACCUGCACUCAAGGUGUCUGAUAUCGAGCCCACCAUCCCACACACACCUGUCCAGAUGGGGUCAGCAGGUGGUGUUCCGGUGCAGUACUGUGAGCAGCCCACGAACGGCAUGGUCUACUUCAGAGCCCUCAGCAACAUCAACACACUCCCCGAAGACCUGAAGCCCUACGUACCACUCUUCUGCAGCGUGGUCACCAGGAUGGGCUGUGGCCAGCUAGACUACAGACAGCAGUCUCAGCAAAUGGAACUACGCACAGGAGGGAUGUCAGUCACGCCACAGAUUCUACCAGACAGCACGGACCUGGACAUGUAUGAACAGGGGGUUCUGCUCAGCUCGUCCUGUCUGGAGAGAAACCUGCCUGAGAUGUUUCAUCUGUGGAGUGAGAUCUUUAACAGUCCUCACUUUGAUGAUGAGGAGCGUCUCCGUGUGCUGGUGAUGAUGUCAGCUCAGGAGCUGGCCAAUGGGAUCUCUUACUCCGGUCACAUGUACGCCAUGACGCGUGCCGCCCGCACGCUGACCCCUGCAGCCGACCUCCAGGAGACGCUCAGCGGCAUGGACCAGGUGAAGUUUAUGAAACGUGUGGCGGAAAGCUCGGAUCUGACGUCGGUCUUACGCAAACUUCCCCGCAUCAAGAGACACCUGCUCAACCCCGAGAACAUGAGGUGUGCAGUAAACGCAACGCCCCAAAAGCUGUCAGCUGCAGCAGCCGAAACAGAGAGGUUCAUGGGAAAUAUUGCCAGCACCAGGAAGGAACGCAAAGCUGUGCGCCCUCAUGUUGUCCAGAAACCACUGGCUGCUUCAGGGUCUUCAGCGACUCGCAAACUCAUCUCAGAGCCCAACUUCCAGCCGUGCCAGAUGAAGACCUUCUAUCAGCUCCCAUUUCCAGUGAACUUUGUGAGCGAGUGUGUGCGCACCAUCCCCCUCACACACCCAGACUACGCCAGUCUGUCCAUCUUGGCACGUCUGAUGACAGCGAAGUAUCUUCACGGUGAAAUCAGAGAGAAGGGCGGGGCCUAUGGAGGCGGAGCUAGGAUGGGAGGGGGAGGAGUCUUUUCCUUUUACUCCUACAGGGACCCAAACUCCAUGGCGACACUCUCAGCAUUCCGUGGGGGCGUGGACUGGGCGCGUGCAGGAAGCUUCUCCCAGCAGGACAUCGACGAGGCCAAGCUGUCCGUGUUCUCCGCAGUGGACGCACCUGUGGCCCCCUCCGAUAAAGGACUGGGCUUCUUUCUGUCGGGUGUGAGUGAUGAGAUGAAGCAGCAGCACAGAGAACGCCUCUUCGCAGUCACACACACCAGCCUGGUGGAUGCAGCUAACAGGUACCUGGGGCUGGGCCAGCGGACCUGUGGAGUGGCCAUCUUGGGGCCAGACAAUGACGUCAUCAGCAAGGACCCGUCUUGGGUGGUCAAAUAGAGCGACCUCACUUCCUGUGCCCAUACGACGCUCAGUUACUUUACUUCCUGGGUCAUGACCUCUGUUGUCGGCAAUGGAUAUCGUGCUUCACAGAAAAGAAAGCCCCCCCAAACUCUCCCUGUCCCGCCCAUAUAUUAUAUUAUCUAUUAUCCCACACACACAGCUCUGAUACCCCUCCCCACACACACACACACACACACACACACACACACACGCACACACACCAGUGUCAGAGUUCAUUGGUUCUGUACAACCAGGUAGCUCCUUCACAUAGUUACUGCUAACACACUGGGCUGUGAGCCAACAGCUACACCAAUCUUAAAAUCUCUUUAGCAUGAGGCAAACACAGCAGCAGAUAUGUUGGCCCCUAGCCUAGCCUAGCCUAGCGCGGCUCUAAAGAUGCAGCAGCUUCAGGAGUCACUAGCAUUAAGCUAAUUCCAGUGGUACCAGAGGACUUCAGGAGCACAAGUCUACCGCAUCUUUCCCAACUGUCAGCUCAAGACCAGUACAGUAACAGAAGGCACCCAAGCUAGUGAAUGCCUCAAAUCUUCCUGUUGAGUUUUAAUACAGCUACAUGCUACCAGGUCACAAAAUCUGAUAGUAGUCCAGCUACGCUGCUGUCAGCUGUGUUAGCUUUCCCCAGCUUCUCUGCUAGGCUCCAGACAGCUGUGUUAGCUUAGCUUUCCCCAGCUUCUCUGCUAGGCUACAGACAGCUGUGUUAGCUUAGCUUUCCCCAGCCUCUAAGAUGUAGACUCAACCCGACCCAACCAGACUCGGCCCAUGGUGGAGAGGGGGGUCUGGCCCAUGGUGAAGAGGGGGGUCUGGUGAUCCCUCCCUGGGCUGGGGGUGUCGUUGUUCCAAUCCGGAGUUGGGUGUAGGCCUUGUCCUUUUCAGUGUCAUAUACACACACACACACACACACGCAACUUCAAGAGACCAGUGUCAUGAACUUUAACGCACAAACUCGAAGAGUCCGGCUCCGGAGGCAGUGUGUGCUACUCAGAUGUGCUGGGCAGUGUGCGCUACUCAGAUGUGCUGGGCAGUGUGCGCUACUCAGAUGUGCUGGGCAGUGUGUGCUACUCAGAUGUGCUGGGCAGUGUGUGCUACUCAGAUGUGCUGGGGACUCUACUUUAUAAAUGCCAUAAUGUUAUUUUGGACUCAAUAAAUACUAUAGUGUUUACUAAACUAUUGA